AUGGCCGUGAUCUUCUCCUCUUCUGCUCUCGAUUCUCACACUCAUGUUGAUAAACACCUCGUUCGACGACCAAUCCGCGAUCUCGAGAACAACGUCGAUAUGCUGGAUCACCUUUCUCGGGUACUUACACUUAGCUACCAAUACCAUGCGCUCGGAACAGCAAUCGCCUUGUUCGCCUGCGCUUGCGCAUAUGCCCUGGUUGCACCUCGACAACCGCCAAAAUUCCCCGCUCCACAGCUUUACGACGAGACCGGACCAAUCGAUCUCAUAGCAUUGGAUAAGACAAUUAGGGAAGGAUUUCAGAAUUACAAGGGUAAAUACUUCACCUUGAAGGAGGCCCAUGGCGAGACCGUCAUCUUGCCGACUAAGUUCAUGGAAGAACUAAAGGCUCUACCCGACAAUAUGCUCAAUCUAGAUGACGAGAUUGAUGAGCGGUUCCUGUCCGAACACAGCCUUUUCACGACAACGUCUGUGGGCGGAAGGAUCUCGACUGUGGUGAACAGUGUCAAGAACGAGCUCACAAAGACUCUCGGUCACCUGAUGGGCGAUAUACAUGAAGAAGUUGUGUACUCCUUCCAAGAAUUGAUCCCACCUUGCGACGACUGGACCGAAAUUGACAUCCAAAGUAAGCUUGUUCGCAUCGUCGCAUUAGUGUCUGGCCGGAUUUUUGUGGGCCUUCCAAUGAGCCGUAACCAGGAAUACCUAGAUUGCAUCAUCGAGUUCACACUCAAUGUUUUCUUCGCUGUACCUGAAAUCCGGGCAUACCCGCGGCUACUUCGUUGGACCUCACGGUAUCUCAACACCAAAGUUCGAGCAGUGCACAAAUCACUGGCUACCAUGAGACGCUUGAUGGCGCCCAUCAUCGCUGGCACCAAACAGCAGCUUGAAAUGGGAACCGGGCCUCACAAUAUGUGUGCAUGGAACAUCAAGAACAGUAACCAGAAGGAACGAGAUAGCCUCAACAUCCAGGCACAGAUGCAGCUAGCGACAAGUAUGGCAGCCAUUCACACGACUUCGAUGACAGUGACGAACGCAAUUUUCGACUUGGCUGCCAGACCCGAGUACCUACAGCCUCUUCGUGACGAGCUUCAGGACCUGAGAGCGACCGAGCCAUUGCCAUACCUCAAUAAGUCGUCCAUGCCAAAGCUGCGCAAGUUGGACUCGUUUCUCAAAGAGUCCCACCGCCUUAGUCCGAUAUCUCUGCUGAACAUGCGGCGUAAAAUCGUUCAACCUAUCACUCUUCAUGAUGGAACUGUGCUGCAGCCGGGAAUGCACAUAGCUUUCCCUUUGCACCAAGUUUCGAACGAUGAGGACUUAUGGGAAAAUCCAAGCCAGUUCGACGGCUUCAGAUUCCAGAAGCUUAGGGACCUUCCAGGUAACGAGUCCAAAUACCAGUUUACGGCGACUGGGACGAAUAACUUGGACUUUGGCUAUGGUGUGCAUGCGUGCCCAGGUCGUUUUUUCGCCGCGAAUGAGAUUAAGAUGAUACUUGUACAUUUGAUCGACAACUUUGACUUCAAGUUUAAAGGAGAUAUAGGGCGACCUGACAGCCUGUGGACACCAGGAGGCUACCAUCCCGAUCCAAGUGUGCGAGUGCUCUUAAAAAGACGUCUCAAGGCCUGA